GCGGCGGCGACGAGCGGAAGUUCUUGGGAGCGCCAGUUCCGUCUGUGUGUUGGAGUGGACAAAAUGGCGAAGAUCGCCAAGACUCACGAAGAUAUUGAAGCACAGAUUCGAGAAAUUCAAGGCAAAAAGGCAGCUCUUGAUGAAGCUCAAGGAGUGGGCCUUGAUUCUACAGGUUAUUAUGACCAGGAGAUUUAUGGUGGAAGUGACAGCCGAUUUGCUGGAUAUGUGACAUCAAUUGCUGCAACAGAACUUGAAGAUUAUGAUCCGUUUGCUGAGCACCGACCCCCAAAGAUUGCCGACCGGGAAGAUGAAUAUAAAAAGCACAGACGGACCAUGAUAAUAUCCCCAGAGCGUCUUGAUCCUUUUGCAGAUGGAGGGAAGACCCCUGAUCCUAAAAUGAAUGCUAGAACUUACAUGGAUGUAAUGCGAGAACAGCAUUUAACUAAAGAAGAGAGAGAAAUUAGGCAGCAGCUAGCAGAAAAAGCUAAAGCUGGAGAACUAAAAGUCGUCAAUGGAGCAGCAGCAUCCCAGCCUCCCUCAAAACGAAAACGGCGUUGGGAUCAAACAGCCGAUCAGACUCCUGGUGCCACUCCUAAAAAACUAUCAAGUUGGGAUCAAGCAGAGACUCCUGGGCAUACCCCUUCCUUGAGAUGGGAUGAAACACCAGGUCGCGCAAAAGGAAGUGAGACUCCUGGAGCAACGCCAGGCUCAAAAAUUUGGGAUCCUACACCUAGUCAUACACCUGCGGGAGCUGCUACUCCGGGACGAGGCGAUACACCAGGCCAUGCAACACCAGGGCAUGGAGGCGCAACUUCCAGCGCUCGUAAAAACAGAUGGGAUGAGACCCCCAAAACAGAGAGAGAUACUCCCGGGCAUGGAAGUGGAUGGGCUGAGACUCCUCGAACAGAUCGAGGUGGAGAUUCAAUUGGUGAAACACCUACUCCUGGAGCCAGCAAAAGAAAGUCACGUUGGGAUGAAACACCAGCUAGUCAGAUGGGUGGAAGCACUCCUGUUCUGACACCUGGAAAAACACCAAUUGGCACACCAGCCAUGAAUAUGGCUACUCCUACUCCAGGUCACAUAAUGAGCAUGACUCCUGAACAGCUUCAGGCCUGGCGAUGGGAAAGAGAAAUUGAUGAGCGAAAUCGUCCGCUCUCUGAUGAAGAAUUGGAUGCUAUGUUUCCAGAAGGAUAUAAGGUACUUCCCCCUCCAGCUGGUUAUGUUCCUAUACGAACUCCAGCUCGGAAGCUGACUGCAACUCCAACACCUUUAGGUGGUAUGACUGGUUUCCACAUGCAAACUGAAGAUAGAACCAUGAAAAGUGUUAAUGACCAGCCGUCUGGAAAUCUUCCGUUUUUAAAACCUGAUGACAUUCAAUACUUUGACAAACUAUUGGUUGAUGUGGAUGAAUCAACACUUAGUCCAGAGGAGCAAAAAGAGAGAAAAAUAAUGAAGUUGCUGUUAAAAAUUAAGAAUGGAACACCUCCGAUGAGAAAGGCUGCAUUGCGUCAGAUUACUGAUAAAGCUCGUGAAUUUGGAGCUGGACCUUUGUUUAAUCAGAUUCUUCCUCUACUGAUGUCUCCUACACUUGAGGAUCAAGAGCGUCAUUUACUUGUGAAAGUUAUUGAUAGAAUAUUAUACAAACUUGAUGACUUAGUACGACCGUAUGUGCACAAGAUUCUUGUGGUCAUUGAACCACUGUUGAUUGAUGAAGACUACUAUGCUAGAGUGGAAGGCAGAGAGAUUAUUUCUAACUUGGCAAAGGCAGCUGGUCUGGCUACUAUGAUUUCUACCAUGAGACCUGAUAUAGAUAAUAUGGAUGAGUAUGUCCGUAACACAACAGCUAGAGCUUUUGCUGUUGUAGCCUCUGCCCUGGGCAUUCCUUCUUUAUUGCCCUUCUUAAAAGCUGUAUGCAAAAGCAAGAAGUCUUGGCAAGCAAGACACACUGGUAUUAAGAUUGUACAGCAGAUAGCUAUUCUUAUGGGCUGUGCCAUCUUGCCACAUCUGAGAAGUUUAGUUGAAAUCAUUGAACAUGGUCUUGUGGAUGAGCAGCAGAAAGUUAGGACCAUCAGUGCUUUGGCUAUUGCUGCCUUGGCUGAAGCAGCAACUCCUUAUGGUAUCGAAUCUUUUGAUUCUGUGCUCAAACCUCUAUGGAAGGGUAUCCGUCAACACAGAGGAAAGGGUUUAGCUGCUUUCUUAAAGGCUAUUGGAUAUCUUAUUCCUCUCAUGGAUGCAGAAUAUGCCAACUACUAUACUAGGGAAGUGAUGUUAAUUCUCAUUCGAGAAUUCCAAUCUCCUGAUGAAGAAAUGAAGAAAAUUGUACUGAAGGUGGUAAAACAGUGUUGUGGGACAGAUGGUGUAGAAGCAAAUUACAUAAAAACAGAGAUUCUUCCUCCUUUCUUUAAACACUUCUGGCAGCACAGAAUGGCUUUAGAUAGAAGAAAUUACCGACAGUUGGUUGAUACUACUGUGGAGUUGGCAAAUAAAGUAGGUGCAGCAGAAAUUAUAUCCAGGAUUGUGGAUGAUCUGAAAGAUGAAGCUGAGCAGUACCGGAAAAUGGUGAUGGAGACAAUUGAGAAAAUUAUGGGCAACUUGGGAGCAGCAGAUAUUGAUCAUAAACUUGAAGAACAACUUAUUGAUGGCAUUCUUUAUGCUUUCCAAGAACAGACUACAGAGGACUCAGUAAUGUUGAAUGGCUUUGGCACAGUGGUCAAUGCUCUUGGCAAACGAGUAAAACCAUACCUGCCUCAGAUAUGUGGUACAGUAUUGUGGCGUUUGAAUAACAAAUCAGCAAAAGUUAGGCAACAGGCAGCUGACUUGAUUUCUCGAACUGCUGUUGUUAUGAAGACAUGCCAAGAGGAAAAGCUGAUGGGGCACUUGGGUGUGGUGUUGUAUGAAUAUUUGGGUGAAGAGUACCCUGAAGUAUUGGGCAGCAUUCUUGGAGCACUGAAGGCUAUUGUAAAUGUAAUAGGUAUGCAUAAGAUGACUCCACCAAUUAAAGAUCUGCUGCCUAGACUCACCCCUAUCUUAAAGAACAGACAUGAAAAAGUACAAGAGAAUUGUAUUGAUCUUGUUGGACGUAUUGCUGACAGGGGAGCUGAGUAUGUGUCUGCAAGAGAAUGGAUGAGGAUUUGCUUUGAGCUUUUAGAGCUCUUAAAAGCACAUAAAAAAGCUAUUCGUAGAGCCACAGUCAACACAUUUGGUUAUAUUGCAAAGGCCAUUGGCCCUCAUGAUGUAUUGGCUACACUUUUAAACAACCUUAAAGUUCAGGAAAGGCAAAACAGAGUCUGUACCACUGUAGCAAUAGCUAUUGUUGCUGAAACGUGUUCACCCUUCACAGUACUCCCUGCCUUAAUGAAUGAAUACAGAGUUCCUGAACUGAAUGUUCAAAAUGGAGUAUUAAAAUCACUCUCAUUCUUGUUUGAAUAUAUUGGUGAAAUGGGAAAAGACUACAUUUAUGCUGUAACACCAUUAUUGGAAGAUGCUUUAAUGGAUAGGGACCUUGUACACAGACAAACAGCAAGUGCAGUGGUACAACACAUGUCACUUGGGGUUUAUGGGUUUGGUUGUGAAGAUUCUCUGAAUCACUUGUUGAACUACGUAUGGCCCAAUGUGUUUGAGACAUCUCCCCAUGUAAUCCAAGCAGUUAUGGGAGCCCUGGAGGGUCUGAGAGUUGCUAUUGGACCAUGUAGAAUGUUACAGUAUUGUCUACAGGGUCUGUUUCAUCCAGCUCGGAAAGUCAGAGAUGUGUAUUGGAAAAUUUACAACUCCAUCUACAUUGGUUCACAGGACGCUCUCAUAGCACAUUACCCAAGAAUCUACAAUGAUGAUAAGAACACCUAUAUUCGUUAUGAACUUGACUAUAUCUUGUAACUUUGUUUAUUUUGUGUCUAAUACACAGCUGUUUCACACCUUAAACUUGCUUCAAUUUGGUGAUGUAAACUUUUAAACAUUGCAGAUCAGUAUAGAGCUGGUCCUAGAGGAAGAACUAGAAAUCCAGUAGCAUGAUUUUUAAAUAACCUGUCUUUGUUUUUGAUGUUAAACAGUAAACAGUAGUGACCAAGAACUCAGUGAUUACACACGCUAUACUGGAGGGAUUUCAUUUUUAAUUCAUCUUUAUGAAGAUUUAGAAUUCAUUCCUUGUGUUUAAAGGGAAUGUUUAAUUGAAAAAUAAACAUUUGUGUACAAAAUGCUAA